GCAUUGCAGAGGGCAGGGCAGAAAGUACCUUAUCGAAAGAAAAGAGAUCAAGGAUUGGGUUAGAGUGAGAGGUGUGGCGAACAUGGCUGAGAAAAGCAAGAUCUUGAUCAUAGGAGGCACCGGCUACAUCGGUAAAUACAUAGUGGAAGCAAGCGCAAAGGCUGGACAUCCCACUUUUGCUUUGGUAAGGGAAUCCACCAUCUCAGAUCCUGCCAAGGCUAAACUCAUCGACAAUUUCAAGACUUUGGGCGUUAAUUUGGUCCCCGGGGAUCUCUACGAUCAUGAGAGCUUGGUGAAAGUCAUCAAGCAGGUAGACGUUGUCAUAUCCACCGUGGGUCACUUCCAACUUGCAGAUCAGGUCAAGAUCAUCGCUGCCAUUAAGGAGUCUGGUAAUGUUAAGAGAUUUUUCCCUUCGGAAUUCGGGAACGACGUGGAUCGUGUCCAUGCAGUGGAGCCAGCUAAAUCUGCAUUUGCUGUCAAAGUCCAAAUUCGGCGUAGCAUUGAAGCCGAAGGCAUACCCUACACAUACGUGUCCAGCAACUGCUUUGCUGGCUAUUUUCUUCCCACAUUGGCUCAACCAGGAGCCACAGCUCCACCUCCACCCAAAGACAAAGUCAUUAUCUUAGGCGAUGGAAAUCCCAAAGCAAUCUUCAACAAGGAGGAGGACAUUGGAACCUACACCAUUAGAGCUGUGGAUGACCCAAGGACAUUGAACAAGGUUCUCUACCUCAGGCCCCCUAAGAACAUUUACUCAUUCAACGAGCUUGUCGCCUUGUGGGAGAAGAAGAUUGGCAAGACCCUCGAAAAAAUUUAUGUUCCAGAGGAGAAGCUUCUUAAGGACAUUGAAGAGGCUCCUGUUCCAAUCAAUGUGGUAUUGGCAAUCAACCACUCGGUGUUCGUGAAGGGUGAUCACACCAACUUUGAGAUUGAGCCUUCUUUUGGGGUUGAGGCUUCCGAGUUGUACCCGGACGUCAAGUACACCACCGUUGAAGAAUACCUUGACCAGUUCGUUUGAGAAUUAAAAAAGAAGGAUGCACGUCAUGCUCUUGUGAUCGGAUAAUUAAAUAAUAUUGAGUUGUUUUUUUGGAGUUUGACGGGGGAACUGUUCCGCCUCUACUUACUUGUUGCUUCUUAAUUAGUUCUUAUUUGCUAUGUUAACCUGUCAAUGUUUUAGCAUCCCAAAUAUAUAAAAUAUAUAUAUA